AUGUCAUUGACAAACGUCUACCAUGUGCGUCGGGUCGCGGAUGCCUCUGCAAAAGCAUGUUUGAUUUGCUAUAAGCCAUCAAGCAGCGUGAUGAUCACACCAGAUAACAAGGACUUCUUCUACGUGUGCCCCGCACAUUUACAAGACAAGCAUUUCUGCUCUCCAGUUGUUGACAUAGAGGGCCAAGCAAAACGUCUGAAGCAAGAGGAAAUGGCUAAGGAGAUCGAAAAGGUGAAAAAAGAAUAUGAAGAAAAACAGCGACGAAAGAAAGAGCGCGAGAAGGCGUCCAGCAAGAACAGCAAAGAGGAAAAAGACAAGGGCAAAGAUAAAGAUCCAUCCGAGUCAAACGCCAACGACGAAAAGGACAGAGAUGAAAAGAUCGCUUCUAUUAGGAAAGGUUCUGAGACGGAGAAAAGACCGGAUGAUUCACCUCGAAUUUUCUCUUUGCACAAGAAUUUCUAUCAGAUGCGCAUCGACCGGAUGCGCAAUAUUGAAAUGGCGAAACGCAACCAGGAACGAUUAAGGCAGCCUUCACUGUUUCCCUCUGUGCCUUCGGGCAAUCCUUAA